UUAUAAAUAAUAAAUUCAAAUAAUGGCUAAACAGCUCUCCGAAGUCCAAAUUGCAGAAAUCAAGGAGAUAUUUGCUCUCUUCGACAAGGACAGUGACGGCCUCGUUAGAACUGAUGAGCUAGGUACAAUCCUUCGUGCCCUAGCCCAUAACCCUACAAAGGAAGAGGUAAACAUGCUAGAAAUGAGAAUUGAUCCUGAAAAAGGAGGAACUUUUAAUUGAGACUCCCUCGUAACCCUCAUACAGAACAUGGACCUUAAAUCUGACACUCUAGAUGACCUCGUAGAGGCCCUCAGAGUCCUUGACCAGGACCAGGACUCCAAGCUUUCAGUCAAAGAGUUGAUCCACUCUUUAAAAAAUGGAGGCGAGGCUAUGGAGGAAGAAGAAAUUCAGGAAAUUCUUAACGACACUGACCUAGUCAUUGACGGCAUGAUCAACCUUGAAGAGUUCGCCAAAACCAUUUACAACAGAUAGCUU